CGAUACAAAAAAAAUAUAUAUAAUAUAAUCUAAACCAACAAACUCGAAAUAAGUAUACACAUGGAUCUCUAUAAAGCGACAGUUACGUAUCGAGAUAAAACUAGAUGUAAAUACUUUUUUAAUAUUUAUUUUAAAAAUAAAAUUUAACAGGAUUGUCAUUUUAAGAUUUGCUAUUUUUAACGUCAACGAUAAACAUAAAAAAUUGAAAUGUGACUGUAAAAAUAAUUAUUAACUAAGUAAUUUUAAAAAAGAUAAUAAAAAAUUCAAGUGUAACAGCCAAUUUGUCUACAUAGUCAAUGUUAUGGACGCAACUCUGCAGCGAAUUAUAACUACAUUGAAGCAUUUCGAGAGGAAACUUGACAAAUUGCAAGACGCUGUGAGCUAUCAUGGUCAAACAUUGUCCGAACUGCGUUUCAUGGUGACGAGUUUGUCGAAUACGGGCGAUAAGAUUUUCCAGAAUGGAAAAUUAGAAGAUUAUAAAUAUCCUAUGAAUAAGACAACUGCAAUGCAAUACGACGAACGCGUACAUAUAGAAGAACCAGUUAAAAUGAAAAGGAAAGCUGCCAUACAGCCUUUACAGAGCAAAACAAAGGCGAAAAUCUUCCCGAGUGAAAAAUACGGAUUUAGGUCAUCUAGUCUUGACGAGUCGUUUUUGAAUAAGCUCCCGCUAAAUACAAAUGAUCUUGGGAAACAUACGGGUAAGCUGGAAAAGGUGGAUGCACGUAGAAAAGCCACGAUGUUGAGAACACAAAAGGAAAUAGAUAAAAAGAGAAGCAAGAUUUAAUUUAGCAGUAAUUCAAAUCUUUAACUUUUUCUUUAUGGAAUAAUUCGAGUUCUCAAUUUAAAAAUUCAACACAUGAAUUACAGAUAAAAUUAUGACGACCCAGUUUAAUAGAUCCUCCUCCUUUAUUGCAGGUUAAAAACUAAAUUAUAUGGGUUUGUUAUCUAAUCUGCGUUAUUCAUGUAAAAUAAAAUGCAAAUAAUAGUUAUAAUUGUGUAUUUUCAUAAUAUUUAACAUUGGAAUGUAUACAAGAAAAACGAGAUAAUUUUAGAUUGAAACCAUUCACCUUCUGUCCAACUUAUAUUCUUCAGGGUUGCGAGGCGAAUGCAACUUUUCAAUCUCAUUCUAAACAAUUUAAAUAUUUACAAACUUUCACAAAUAAAUAAGGCAGUUACAGGUC